GAGCGCAGCGGGCGGUGGCCGGCGGCCCUUUGACGGCGGGGCCAUGGGCACGCGCAGGUCACACGUGCUGGUGGACACGACGCCGGCCAAGACAAUUCUGGUGUACCGCAACGGGGAUGCGUUCUUCGUGGGCCGGAGGUUGGUGGUGCCGCGGCGCCGCGUGCCCACCUUCCAGGCGCUGCUGGAGCAGCUGACCGAGCAGGUAGACGUGCCGUUCGGCGUGCGGCGCCUCUUCACGCCCACACGCGGGCACCCGCUGCGCGAGCUGCAGGCGCUGCAGGCCGGCGGCAAGUACGUGGCGGCCGGCCGCGAGCCCUUCAAGAAGCUCGAUUAUAUUCAUAUAGUUCCCAGGAAACCUGGAAAGAUGAGCAAGUUGAAGGAAAUCAAACCGGUGGUACAUUGUGACCUGAAUGUGCCUUCCAGGUGGCAAACCUUCCAGCGAACGUCCCGGCACGUCAAUGUUUUCACAAAUGGAAGACUAUUUAUCCCACCUGUAAAAAUUAUCAUACCCAAAUUCAGUCUGACGGAAUGGAAUAGCGUGCUGGCCAUGAUUGGGGAAAAAGUCUUCCCUCUAGGAGGCGUUCAAAAAUUAUUUACCAUGAAUGGGCAUCUUCUGGACAACUCCAAGGAUCUGCAAGAUAACCACUUUUACGUGGCGGCAGGACCGGAGACCUUCAAAUAUUUCCCUUACUGGAAAUCCUCUAAGGUGCCCAGGGAGGUCCAACGAAAGUAUGCAGACAUCGAGAAAUACUCAAGAGAAAAGAAAAAAGAGGAUUCCAAAGGAAAAGAAACGCAUAAGCAUGACAGCAUUCCCCGUGAGGAACGGGAUUCUGUUUUUUACGCCAGAGCGGGGAAGAAGAAGACGCUGGUGGAACCCUCAUUCCAAAGCGGUUCAGAAGGUGACGUGUUUAGAGCCCAGACUCCAAGCGCGGAUACCCAGGAGGCGCCGGAAGUCAAAGAAGACAGCAGUUUGCAGGUGGAGGUGCCGGUGGACCAGACACCGGCUGAGAUAGUCACGGAAGACGAAGAGAUACACAAUAACCCCUCUGAUUUCGAAAGCAUCAAGGAAAAAGAAGAUGAAGGGUCUUAUGAAGAUAAUGGAAGAAAGGAAGACAAUUCACGAAUGUCUUUUAAGAAAAGGUUUUCCUUAAGACACAGCACAAAGGGAAAAGAAAAAGAACCAUAUGACCUUCUAGAGGGAAAAAACACACCUGUACUACUAGAAACCCCAGUGAAAAUAGAAGACCGAAGACAACCACCAAUGGGACAGCACUCACGAGAAGAAUCAUCAUCAGGACGAUCAGAAGAAAAGCCUGAAGACCAAGAAUUGCUCGAACAGCCAUCCUGGGGGCAGCCAUCCCAAGAACAGAUACCUGACACAUGGGAACCAUCGUACCUGAGCAGCAAAAAGAGAUGACACACGGAGGAAAAACUGAACAAAUACCAUGAAAACAACAUAUCAGCCAUGUUGUAAAGAAUAACAGUCAGAAGCUAGAAAGGAUCGCACGGCAAAUGAAAAGAAAAUUAGACAUUUAUUUCACGGUAUGCUAAAGAGGUAUGCUAGUACAAUAUUAAAAUUGGGCAUUUCA